GACUACGUCGAGAGCAUUCGGGCUGAGGUCGACUUGUCCGAUGACCCGAUCUUGAGGCUUCCUGAAAUCAAGUCCCUGGCAUUUGCGGCCAAGCAGGCUGUCCUGGACGAGUUGGCGGAGGCGGUCCCAGUGUUACCCAUUCAAAAAAUCUCCUGGAUGCUGGCAACUCAGAGGGCCAUUACGAGAGGCGACCGUCGAGUCUUGCGCAAAGCUUGCCGUGGCUUCCCAGAGCUGCUCGAGUUUGUAGACAUUGAUGCAGCCCAGUAUAUCGACUUUGAUAAGUUUCACCAGCUGAUGAACCAGCUGAACUCGGAGCACGUGGAUGCGAUGCAGGGUGAAAACCUUGCCAGCGACGAGGCCCCUAGCAAGAAGCAG